CACCGCUCCCCAAUCCGAUUGCGUUGGAGGUAUAAAUCACCGGAUACAGUUCGACUUCGUCAUGACGAGAUCUUUCGGACCUUUUUUUUUUUCGUACACGAUACCCUCUCGUUUUUUCUUAGUACGUUCUGCGUAUAGAUACCCCCUUGCACGGCCGAUCGGACUUUGAACAAGUCUCCCUCCAAAAUGGCAGCAGCUACACAUUCAUCCAAAAAGAGCAUUGUUAUCCUCGGUGGCUCAUAUGGUGGCAUGUCCAUAGCUCACUAUGUUCUCAAACACGCCAUUCCCGUUCUCCCGGAAAAGGACUCCUACCAGGUAGUCCUCAUCAGCUCGUCAUCGCAAGCCAUGUGCCGCCCAGCUUGUCCUCGCGCUUUAAUAUCGGACGACAUGUUCCCGCAAGAGAAGCUCUUUGUCAGCAUACCGAAGCAGUUUUCGCAAUAUUCUGAAGGCAGUUUUCGAUUCAUUCACGGCACGGCGACGGCGGUGGAUCAUGAGAAUCGCAUUGUCUCGGUUAGUUCAGCGACUGGUCAGACUGAGGCGCUCGAGUUCCAUGCCCUGGUUGUUGCGACUGGUGCUUCUACGCCGUCGCCGCUGCUGGGGUUGAACCGCGAUGAGAAGUUCCUGCGAGAUGCAUGGACGGAAUUUCGGAAAGGUCUGGCUACGGUGAAGAGCAUUGUUAUUGCGGGCGGAGGACCCGCUGGCAUUGAGACUGCUGGCGAGCUGGGAGAGUACUUGAAUGGCCGCGCUGGGAUGCUUAGCUCGAAACUUGAGAACCCAAAGGUCUCCAUCACCGUGGUUACGGCUGGGCCGAACAUCCUCCCAGCGUUGCGACCUGCCCUUGCCGCGAAAGCGGAGCAAUAUCUGGCCAAAGUUGGAGUGAUCGUCGUGAAGGACACCAGGGUCAAGAGCGUGGAUCCUCCGAACGCAGGAGCGGAUAUCGAGCAUCUCACAACCAAGGCAGCCGUCACUCUCAGCGACGGCAAAACACUGCAAACCGACAUCUUCAUCCCCGCAACCGGCAUGACUCCCAAUACUUCCUUCCUCGCCAAAGACCUACUAAACGCCCAUAACCAAGUCGAGACCAACCCCUCCACCCUCCGCGUCGACAAAGCCGGCCCACGCAUCUACGCCAUCGGCGACGCAUCAUCUUACGCCCGACCCGCAGUCCACAACCUCCUCGCAGCCGUUCCAACUCUCGGCGCGAACAUCAAGCGCGAUCUCCUCCUUGCUUCUGGAAAGAUGGAAAGCGAAGUGGGCGAGGAGAAAGUGUUCAAGGAGGAUAAGAGGGAGACGCAAAUGGUGCCUAUUGGGAAGAGUAAGGGUGUAGGCGCGGCGAUGGGGUGGAGAUUGCCGAGUUGGAUGGUGUGGAUGAUAAAGGGGAGGGAUUACUGGCUUUGGACUACAGGGGGUUUGUGGAGUGGGAAACAGUGGGCUAAGGAAGCCUAAUGGAUGUCAUCCAACGAAGGAUCUUCAAGCGAUCACUGGAAGAAAGGGAAACAUACUCUAGG